UUACCAGAUAUUAUAUUUCGUCAAAAGAAAACAGUUUUGUUAGCAGUUAAUUUCCGGCAACGAGUGUUUAAUAAAAUGGCGGUGAAAACAAACUAAUGUUUUGUUGAAUGUAUACAAAAAUUUGAUUGAUACGGAAAAUUUAAUUAAUUUAUUUGUAAUAUUAUAUAUCAUACAUUAAUAACAAUAAAGAAAUUGUGUCGAAUAUUCUCAGUAUAUCAUAAAAUAGGAAAACAGAAUUUUUCAUUGAUUAAAUUGAUUUAAUUUUUGAAUUUUGUAUAUUUAUAACUUAUAAAUUCUUCGUAACUUAUUAUUUAUACAAUAUUUGCAGUAUUUAUACGAUGACUGCAAAAAUAUAUCAACCAGAUCAAGAAUUAGAGACGAAGGUUAAAAAAGCAACUGAACGUAUAUCUGAAAACAUGCAUAUAGUUGCAAAUGAACCAUCGCUUGCAUUUUAUAGACUUCAGGAACAUGUAAGAAAGGCAUUGCCUCCUAUGGUGGAUAAACGAGUAGAAGUGCUUACACUUCAACAGCAACUUUUAGGCAGGUGUUAUGAUGUAGAGUAUGCUGUAAGUGCUAUUAAGACAAUGCAUGGUGCUGGGAAGAGUUUUGAGAACACCUUAGAAUUUAUCAAGAACGCUAUAUUUUUCAAACAACAAUUAAAGUAUGAAGAACAGCGUAGGCACAAGAAAGAUGGAAAUAGAGAUUCUGUAUACAAAAGACUAUCGGCACACAUUCCUACCUUAGAUCAUUUACCAGAUGAAAUAUCUGAUGUUGUAAGAGAAACUGCCAAUAGGGUAGAGUCUAUGAUGAAUCAUGCCAGAUAUUCUACCGAGGUUCAAAAAACAAAUUGAACUUCACAACUGACAAUUUAAUGUAUUAAAAUAUAAUAUUGUCAAGAGAUAUAAAUGUGGAUAUUGUAAAUAAUAAUUGAUUUUAACUAUAGACGAAUAACUUGUUUAUAGUUAAAAGGUUAUGUAAAAAAAAUGUAUAAUGGAAGUGAAAUAAAUUAUUGUUCUUAAUA